GCUGCCCUGACCGUGAUGUCGUGCUGCUGCGACUGUGGUGACGACCCGGUGCGGCCGGGGGCCGUGGUGCACGCGCCGCCCCAGCACGAGCCGGGCGCGUGGGCGGCGCCGCCCAUAGCGCCCCAGGCCCCCCACCAGUACCCGGGGACCCCCCAGCACGACGCUGGCGGGUGGGCGCCGCCGCCCAUGGCGAUGCCGAUGCCGAUGCCGGCCGAGGUCCCCCAGCUUUUCCCGGCUGCCCCCGUGGUAGACGUGCAGCCCACCCCGUGCCCGCCGCCCACCUUCCCACAACCACAACCUGCAGCGGUCGUCUACCCGUCCGUGCCCCUCGAUGACGAUGACGAUAACGACUCCGCUUACUGCUGGCGCCAGGGCAACUACGGCAGCAUCCCAGACGGCGCAGUGCGCGCCGGUCACGACAAAGACGGCGGUCCCAUCUUCGUGGGCCGCGCCUUCCACGAGGGCGACAUGCUGCCCGCCAAGGUGGUGCCCAACAAGGGCGGCGCCUACGUCGCCUGGGGCGGCGGCGAGCACAGCAAGGAAGAGUACGAGGUGCUGUGUGACGGGGACCCUGCCUGGGUGAUGACCUCUGGGGGCAGCGUCCCAGAUGGCGCAGUGCCCGGGGGAACCACCAGCGAGGGCGAACGGCUCUUCAUUGGCCGCGUCAUGCACGAUGGCGCCUUCUCCGUGGGAAAGGUGCAGCCGUCGCACGGCGUGUGCUAUAUCCCGUACGGGGGUGAGGAAGUGGCAUACGGCGAGUACGAGAUCUUGGUGGGUCGAUAGACCAGGAACGUCCAGGCGAAACCACACACUGCCGGAGGAGGCAAGACUGACUGAUUUGCCGCGUCCAAAACUCACAUACACGUGCUGUCAGACCAUUCAAUUAUGUCAAUAAACACUCUGUCUGCUCA